CUCCGCCCCCUUCCUUGGAGCGCAGAGACUCGGGCUGCUGAAGCUCGGGCCAAUCAGAGGGGAGGCUCCAGGAUGGCAUGGUGAUGGAACACAGUUGAGAGACCCGCCCCCGGUUACUCGCCCCUAGACCCAGCCUGGACUACCCGGGGGUCCACCAAGCAGCUGGCCUGAGCUGGUACGGCCUCGGCACUGCCACAGUCUGGGUCUGACAAGAUGUACCAGGUCCCACUGCCGCUGGACAGGGAUGGGACCCUGGUCCGGCUCCGCUUCACCAUGGUGGCCCUAGUCACUGUCUGCUGUCCACUUGUCGCCUUCCUCUUCUGCAUCCUCUGGUCCCUGCUCUUUCACUUCAAGGAGACUACAGCCACACACUGUGAGGUGCCCAAUUACCUGCCAUCGGUGAGCUCAGCAAUUGGCGGGGAGGUGCCCCAGCGCUACGUGUGGCGCUUCUGCAUCGGCCUGCACUCAGCACCCCGAUUCUUGGUGGCCUUCGCCUACUGGAACCACUACCUCAGCUGUGCUUCCCCAUGCCCCGGGUACCGUCCACUUUGCCGCAUCAACUUCGGCCUCAACGUCGUGGAGAAUCUUGCGCUGCUAGUGCUCACCUACGUCUCCUCUUCCGAGGACUUCACCAUCCAUGAAAAUGCUUUUAUUGUGUUCAUCGCCUCAUCCCUCAGUCACAUGCUUCUUACCUGCAUUCUGUGGCGGCUGACCAAGAAGCACACAGUAAGUCAGGAGGAUCGCAAGUCCUACAACUGGAAACAACGGCUCUUCAUCAUCAACUUCAUCUCCUUCUUCACGGCACUGGCUGUCUACUUUCGGCACAACAUGUACUGUGAGGCUGGAGUAUACACCAUCUUUGCUGUCCUGGAGUACACUGUUGUCCUAACCAACAUGGCAUUCCACAUGACAGCCUGGUGGGACUUUGGGAACAAAGAGCUGCUCAUAACCUCCCAGCCUGAGGAAAAACGAUUCUAAAUCCUCACUUAUUGGAGAGGAGACCCACUGCCCAGAAACUAGAAACAAGAUACCACUCUGGCCUUCUCCACCCCUUUUUCUGUGAGCCCUGCUGAAGCUGCAGGACAGGAGAAGGGAGGAAGGGCAGAGGAUGAGGCUUUACCCAGCCCUGCUGGUUUCUCCAUUCCCUCAAUCCAGUGGAAGACAGAGGCCUUCAAGCAGCAUCACCCUUGGUGGAGAGGCUCCAAGCAGGCGAGCUGACAGGACAGCUCCACCAUCUGGUGCUAAAAAAAAGUCCUGAGGUUCAUAAC